AUGUAUGCAACUCACACUUUUAUUAAAAACAUGUUGCAAGCAUUACAGUUUGUACUGAUAAACUCAAAACGUAUUCGUGAGCUUAUCUUACAUGAGGUGAAACAUGAGAAACGCCUUUGGAAGAGGUAUAUUCAAGUCCUCAAGUUCUUAAAUAUUAAUCCAAAUGCAAAGCCUGUAUGGUUAUUUUUCUUGACCAUUAUAUUCACAUUUGGUUCUUUUACCUCUUAUCAGUUGGUUUGUUUGUUCCACUUAUUACGCUCAAAACUUAAGCAAAAUAGGCCUCUAUCACAGAGACAACCAAGUCCCUCAAAAUCGUUUCUUAAUUUUAGAUCGUCAUUAUUACCCUUUGCAAAUUCCAACUUACAAGCGAAUAAGAGAAUUAUCAAUGUGCCAUAUAAAAAUAGAACUAUUGAAGUCAAAUUGUCCUUACCCAAUUCCGAUAAAUAUGAGCGUGAUAAAUUGAUCUUCAAAAAAUUCAUGAAGGACCAUGAAGUUUCAAAACAAUCUUCUGUGAUCAAGGUGCAGUUCUUUGAGAAAUUGUCAAUUAUUUGGAACUUAAUACUUGUUCCAAAGGUUUUUGACAAAAAUUCUUACUUGUUGGUCUUUCAAGUCUCAUUUCUUAUAGCAAGAACAUGGUUGACAUUAUUAGUGACUAAAUUGGAUGGUCAAAUAACAAAAGACUUGAUGAGCUUCAAUGUGAAAUAUUUUUUGAGAGAUUUGGUUUAUUGGUUUUUAUUUGCCGUCCCCGCUUCGUAUAUCAAUGCUGCUAUAAAAUAUCUAUCAAAGCGAAUUGCUUUAAACUUUAGGACAAAUUUAGUCAGAUAUUGUCAUGACUUGUAUAUGGAUUCCAAGUUGGUUUAUUAUAAAUUACAGUUCAAUACCAACGAACCUCUAAGUGAAUACAAAUUAGAUCCAGAAAGCUUCAGUCAAUAUGUCACGCAAGAUAUAAAACGAUUUACAGAAUCGCUAAUGAAUGUAUUCACGGAUGUUGGAAAACCUGCCGUUGAUUUAAUUUUCUUUGCUGUUUAUUUGAGAGAUAAUAUUGGAAGUUUAGGUAUCACUGGUAUUCUAUUAAACUACUUUAUUACGGGAUUGAUUUUAAGAAAUUACUCUCCUAAUUUCUCCAAAAUUUGGAAAAUAAGAAGCUUUUUAGAAGGUAUCUAUUACAACUACAACUUAAAUUUAAUGAAUAAUUGUGAAGAAAUCUCAUUCUACAAAGGUGUUGCUUUUGAAAGACUAAAAGUUGAGGAAAUCUUUAAUAAAUUGAUGUCACAUUUGAGCUUUGAAACUAAGAUUAGAUUCAAGUAUCAAUUGCUAGAAGACUACAUACUUAAAUCAGUUUGGCCCGCAUUUGGUUACUUCUUUGCUAGCUUACCUAUACUAUUUGAUAAUACAGACGCAACUUCCCUUGCUUCUUCAAAUAUCAAGUCAUUUACGGUUAACAAACGUUUGAUUCUAGCCAUGGCAGAUGCAGGUUCCAGAUUGAUGUAUUCAAUCAAAGAUAUCUCAAAACUUAACGGUUUAACUGACCGGAUUUUCACAAUGUUGGUUAAUUUGCAUCAAGUCCAUGAUAGCAACUUUAUGUAUGGGUAUUUUGAUAGCACUAGGUACCGGCCGAAUGGAGGUUUUGGUUCAACCUAUAACAUAUCCUCAUUUGCUUCCAAAUCAAAACUUAGAGGUUACCUAAAUCAAGCUGCAGGUUCAAUCAUUGAAAGUGGUACAAUUCAAAAGAAUUUCCCUGGUUUAAGGUUUGAACAUAUUGAUAUUGUCCCCCCUUCGAUCAAAGGGCCGCUUGGUACCCCAAUAUUGAGAAACUUGAAUUUCAAAAUCUUACAAGGGGAAAACUUAAUAAUCCAUGGUAAAAAUGGAUGUGGUAAGACCUCAAUUAUUAGGAUCAUCUCGGAACUAUGGCCAUUGUUCUCAAAUGGUUUGUUGAGUAAACCAGCAAACUCGGAUAUUUUCUAUGUAUCCCAGAAACAAUAUUUCGUUAAUGGUUCAUUAAGAGAUCAAGUCAUUUAUCCAUUAUCUUGGAAAGUGUGUAUUAAAAGAGGCGAUGAUGACUCUAAGAUCAAAGGAAUCUUGAAGGAUGUUGGAUUAGAUUAUAUCGUUGAUCGAUUUGGUCUUGAUUAUAACCCACACGGGGAAGGUUCGAAAAUUGAAGAAAUAAUAAUCAAUGAUGAGAAAGUUGAUAUUUUCGAUAGUUACGUUGGUGGGUGUGUCGACGGCAAAGUCAAUUGGGAUAAUCUAUUAAGCGGUGGUGAAAGACAAAAGUUGAUAUUUGCAAGAGUUUUAUUUCACAACAAAAAAUUGGUAGUGCUUGAUGAGCCGACUAGUGCCAUAAGUUUUGAUUUUGAGGAUAUUUUAUUUGAUAUGUUGAAAAAACGUGGGUUUACCUUGGUUACAAUAAGUAACAGAGAAGGCCUAAUCAAAUAUCAUGAUUACAUUUUAAGGUUAGAGAAAAACGACAGUGAGAACGCCGAUCCAAAUGUCAGUGAUGGUAUAUUUUCUAAAAUCGAUGAAGAGUACUUACGAAAAUUUGAAACGAUAGAUAACGAAAUCGAGUACCUACAACAAGAAAUACAAAAAAUUGAUGAAAUGAAAAGUAGGAAGUUCAAAUUAAUUGAACUAUUAGAUGGCGCUGAAGAUGGAGAGUCACCAGUGAUGAUUGAACAGCAUGCUUGA